UUGGCAUUGUACGUGUUAUUGUAUCACAAGUUUCAAAAUAUCAUGCUGGUGCACAUUCUGCGAGAACACAAUGUCAAUAAAAUAUUAUUGUCACAUCUAGGCCUUUGGCCAUUCCAAAAUAAUUUUAUAAGGAAUUUCUUACCGAUUUUAUAUCUUGUAUGUGAAACAAGUUAUUUUCUGCUCGAGGUAUCAGUGUUAUACAAUUAUUGGGAAGAUGCUCAAGUGACUUUUGAAACUUUUUAUCAUAUUGUCUCAUUAGCUAUGUUCAUCAUUAAAUUAUUGAAUGAGUUUUUAAACCGCGAUAAGAUACAACGUUUAUACGAAACCAUGGAGAAGCAUUGGAAUAUAUUUACCAGUGAAUUUGAAAGGAGUAUUCUAAAAGAUUAUUCUAUCACAUCGCGAAAAUUUUCAAUAUUUUAUUUAACAAUAAUCUAUUCUAUGUCAGCAAUAUUUAUAAUUGUUCCACUUAAACCGGUUUUAUUUGAUAUUGUACGACCCUUUAAUGAGUCACGACCACGAGUUUUCGCGAUUUCUAUAGACUGGAUAAUAGAUAAGGACAAGUAUUUUGUACCAUUAUUAUGCUAUAGUACGAGUGUAAUCAUGGCAGGUGUGAUGAUUAUAGUUGGUACCGACAGUGUACAUGUUACUCGCACUGUUCAUGCUUGUAGUUUAUUUUCGAUCAUCAGUCAGCAAUUCGAGAAUAUAAUAUCAAAAUUGAUCAUCAAUGAGAAAAUUAACGAAAGCUGUUCCAAAUCAACAUGCGAGCAAACAAUAUAUCAAGAAUAUGUUAUAUGUUUAAAAAAAUACCAGCUUGCUUUACAAUUUGUCGAUUUACUAAAUUCGAUAUAUCGAACGACAGCACUAAUUUUGUUGUUUUUAAUUGCUGCGUUUAUAAGUCUGGUUGGAGUUAGAGUUGUAUCUGUAUUGGAUCAAUUAGAAGAAGCGAUAAGGUAUAGUUUUGGGAUCAUAGGAAUGUUAGUACAACUCCUGGUCUUAUGUUAUUUCGGUCAAAUGUUGAUAGAUGAAAGUCAGAACGUGUUCCAUCGAAUAUACGCCGCGGAAUGGUAUAAAUUUUCACCGAGAUUAAAAUCGCUGUUGAUUAUAACUCUUCAUAGAAGUUUUAUACCUUGCAGCUUAACAGCUGGUAAUAUAAUUCCAUUGUCAAUGACUACUUACGCUAUGGUGUUGCGGGCGAGCAUGUCUUAUUUCACCACAUUCUUAUCACUCAGGGAUUAACAGCGUAUAUUUUAUAGAGCUUUCUAAAUUUUGCUGAAAUGUUUAUGUUAUGACUUUUGAUUAACUGUAUAUUAAUAAAAAAAAAAAUACUUAGAUUUUGCUUGGCACGGAAAGCACUUUAACAAUCGCACCUGCGCUUAUUGACAAUCGCAAUGCUAAUAAUGGUGUUCGUAAAGAAAGCGCCCGAUCAAUAAAGCGGCACAGAAGGUGCGUUCUCACUCUCAUAGUUAUUAUUCGCGAAACACGCAAUAUUAUUACUUUAGUACGUGAUAUGAAAAAAAUAAGACGAUACUAUUUGGAAUAUGAGGAAGAAAAAAAUGUCAUCUCAUAUUGAUGAUUUCUGACAGCUUGAAUUUAACAGAGGGUCGAUAUUGUUGUACGCGUCAUUUGUAU